GCUUCGUCCGGUGCACACAAAAACAGAGACGCCGAUAUGCCACGGAACGCCGUCUUGCGCGGGAUCAAGCGACUCAUGUACAAGAAGGACAUUGCGGCAACAGAGGCCGACUACGGCGUCUCGAUCCGUGAGGCCCACCAAGCCUACCGCGAGGCCAUUGCCAUCGCGCGCCACGAGCUCGAGAAAAACUUGGAGGCCGCCGCGCUUGCGAUCGAUAGCGUCAUGCACCGACUCCGCGACACUGGCGACGAAGUGAGCACGCACCCCGACUUUAUCGCUGCCCACGAACACAUGAAUGCGAUCCGGCUCGCCGGUGCCAAGCGGCUGGCCGAGAUUGACGACGAGUUGCAGGCGAGUCUCGAAGAGCUCAAGCGUUCGUAUAUGGAGAAGAUGUCGUCGUGGACAUAGCGUCCGAGUCGUCUUCAUUAUUGUCCCUCGUAAGUUUCAACACCGUCCA